UUACAGUAAGAUCUAAUAGAAAGUUUGCGCGCAGAGGAUUUCGAACGUGCUUUGGAAGGAAGGGUAUGAUGACACGCAGCAUAUGCUUACAGCGAGAUGUAAACAUCACUGCGAUAUUGUUUACGUUAUAGAGGAAAGAACCAACGUUCGAAUCGUAUUACAUCGUACUGGCGAUUCGUUUCCUGAGGUAAGAGGACAUAGAAGCGUCAUAGGUACACAGGAAACGAAUCGUUGCCCGCCAGUGUACGUAAAUCUGUAAUGACAAGCGGAUUGAAACGAUCGACAUUCUCUAUACGAUGGUUAAUGGUGACGUUCUGAUAUAAAGGAGCUCAGAAAAGAAAUAAGAGUAACAUUAGCGGACGUGUCAAGAAGUAGAUUGUUUCACGAUGCUAAACUACACGUUCAUCCCGUUCUUACUAGCACUUAACGCAAGCGUCCCAGAAGGAACGAGCAAUGUGGAAUAUACGUUUCAUGUGAACAAAACUACUGUAGUAUACAGCGAGCCUCUUCAAAUUACACAAUUAACUGCUGUAUUAAUAUGUCAGCCUUUACAAUCUAAGACUACCUUACUCUGUUUCUUACGAGACGUCAUGACCUUGUCGACCUUGAAGUAUCAAAAUUCGAACAUUACAGAAGAGGUCUCGAAAGAAAAUAUUAAAUCCGAACAGUGGUUUGGCAUCAAUUUCAAUGAGCGUGGUGUACAAGAUAUAAUCGUGAAUAUGAACAUUGAGAAGAUAAUCAAGGGUAUUAUCAAAGAUAUUGUUGAGCAAUUCGACAUGGGUAGUGAUCUAAUGGCUAAACUGGCAAAUAUGAAUUUCCCAUCUGGUUUUACCGCAGAGGAAAAGACACCAAUAGGCACUUGCACAACCAAGUACAAUAUGGAUAUCCUAUAUGGGCAAUACGAGAGAAACGAGAAACAGGAGUCCAAGUUUCAAGUUAUACCGUUAGCGUUGGCGAAGCAUUUCGCUAAACAAAAUGAUACGCAUGUACGUGUUACGAAGACUAGACAAAAUUGCAAAUAUUCAAGACACUUUCUUGACUUUUUGAAUGGAAUGGAAGUGAAUGAAUAUUUCUAUAGUAUGGAAAUCGAUGAUAAAUUAAAAAUAUCCACCACGAUGGAUGUGCAACUACCAUCUGACCCAUGGAACCCGUCUGGGUCAUCUGUGUUUACGGAUAAAAUACAGCUAAAUCUAACUGACAUCAGAUCUCUACAAAUUGCGGCAAUGGACAUGCCUCACACCUUUAUCACUCUCACCCUUUAAUCAAAUUCCAAAAAUAUAUGAAUAUAAUUCCAAAAAUAUUCUACGUGAUAUCUGUAUAUAAACUCUUUGCUUAAUUAUUUAUGUCAAAUUUUUAUAUGUU